AUGCAGGGUUGUUUGUCGCGUUCCUUGGUGCUCUUCAAGCAUGCCAUUGCACGCGGGCUUCGUCUUAUUCAUGAUGCUACAAUUAACGAUUUUUCUGGCCUGGGCGUCAAGCUCCUCCUGCCGGCGUUGAUCGUGGUCAAUCUUGGCCAACAGGAUCAUCUGAGCACUGCACUGAACUAUUUCCUAUCGUUGGUAAGUGAUAAGUUCGAAGAUAUAAACCUUGGAAUACUUGUCAUGUUUCCUUGCGCAUUUAGUCUCACGCAUAUUCAACCUACCUCGAUGGAUAGCCCCAGCAUGCGUACUCAACAACACAGCAUUUCUCUCCUUGCUGCUCUUACAGUCUUCGAUAGCGUGGGGCCCCUCCGACUCAUACUUCGCGGUCGAGAAGAAACACCAACUCCCAUCGAGCGAGCACAAAGAUAUUCCUUCGUCUGCGCAGUCGUCAGCAAAGCGAUAGAUUACGUAGUAGGGCCCAAAAUGCGACAAGAUGGACCGGGCAGCGACCUUGACCAUGAAAAACCCCGAAUAACCCCAUCAACCAAUGACGACGAACUGCUGACCGAAACCACGCCCCUGCUUCCGCAGCGCGCACAGAACGCAAGGCGUGCACUCGGGAGCUGCAUCCGCAGCUGUAACCUGUUGGUUUGCUCGUUCUUUCCAGAUAGCUUUGAGCAGCAUCUGUUGUCACCAGUUGGUGAUAUAUUCGCUGAUGUGGUUAUUGGUUGUACCUUGCUCGCUGCGCUGAUAGGCUUGGUGCCGGCUCUGCACCGGGCAUUCUUCGCGCGAGAUGACAACCGGGGAAGUCUUCCGUGCAUGGCUGACGACCAAUUGGAAGUCAGGUUUGAACUUACGGUGGCCGAUGGUGACUCCAAGAGGAUUCUCAUCUGGGCUAUGGCGACGCUCUUUGUAGUGCGGCUGCUCUCAGUAUCUCGAUCAUGUAUGGGCUGUCAUGACAUAUUUUUUCUCCCAGAAGACGAUCCGAAGCUUUGGUUUAGCAUGAUGCUCAUGCCGACCGGUCCGCUGGCGUUGGUGAUUUUCGGACUGGCGGAAUUGGCGCAUGCAUCAAAGACCGAGAAAAUGGCUAUUGCAAAGACAUCAAUAGGUUGA